AUGGAGAUCAAUGGGUGCCGACAAUAUCCAAUGGACCAGGGCGGGCGGACGAAAUACAUCUCGAUCACCAAUAUUGGGGACGAGGUGUUGAUCCUGCAUCAAGACCAACGGAUCGGGAUCUGGUUGGCUGGGGAUCAUGUGCCGCGGAUACCAGGUUUUAUCUCGAUCGACUCUCGUCGUUACAUGGAAUGGCAGAAUCUAGCGUUGGAAGCCACGACAGAUACCCGAUCUGAAGAAAUAGAGGGCAAGAACCCGCUGGUGCCCGCGGUGAAGCGGCCCGAGUAUGAAACUCCGCGCGCAAUACUCCAAAGACCAAAAGGCAACGUUGAUCAGCGCCAGAAAGUCGAGGCGAGUCAAGAUCAAGAUAUUCCUGACUGCCCACCCUCCGACGGGUCGCAGCCGGACAAAUCGCCGUCGGACAAGUCGCCGUCGGAGAUGCAACCGUUGGAUCUAGCGCCUGUCGCGAGCGAAGAGUCGGAUCUAUCGUCUAUCGCAGACGAAGGCUCUAUAUCGCAUGCCGUAAUGGUCAUGGAGGCGCCAGAUCGCGAUCAGGUGACACCGGACACAUGGGCGACCCAAUCGCUGGUGGAGAAAACCACGGACAUGGAAGGACUGCGUGAAGAAGAUAGCCGAGGUGAAAUUGAGGGCGUCAGCCUGGAUCAACUACAUCCGAUGGCGCAAGAUCAAGGAACCUUGCCGUCGGAACGCGGUGGGCCGGAUCUGCCAUCAAUGAUGAGUGUACUGCCCGGGACAGGACAUGCGACUGGUGAUCCAGUGAACGAGAAGUGCACCACGUCUAUGUCGCAAAAAACGGACAUGGAUCCAUCACCUGUUGUGGAAGAUCAACCAGGCACAUCGGAUCUGGAUCUUACCUGGGACUCAGAUCAAGAUUAUGAUGAAUGCUUCCGACACCUCUUGAUCGGGAAAGGAAAUGCCCUCCCGCCGGCCGCUAGAGGCGUGGUGUGCGAUAUCGACGUCGGAGGAGCGAGACCCAUCGCCCUCAAGUGCCGUAAGUUGCGGAUCCAGUUCAGAGAAAAGCUGGCAGACCUAAUCAAGGGUCUAUUGUCCGCCAGGAUGAUCAACUAUUCCAGAUCACCAUGGGCUUCCCCCAUUGUGGUAAUCAUCAAGAAGAAUGGGGUGGAUAUCAGGCUAUGUAUCGAUUAUCGGUUGGUCAAUAGCCUGACACAACUGAUGGUGUACCCAAUGCCUUUGAUCAACGAUCUGCUCGAGGAUCUGUAG